UUAUUUUGUUGAUUUCAAUAGGCUGGUGAGCUUAUAAAACAUGAAUAUCAGAGGAAAGUUGCCUUGCUAAACAAGCUGAAGAAACGGAAUGCUACCUUGGAAUCACUGGAGAAGACAAAGGCUGCUGUUAGCCAUUUGCAUACGCGAUAUAUAGUUGACAUGCAGUCAUUGGAUUCGACUGUUAGUGAAGUAAACGACAUUCGUGACAAGCAGCUUUACCCUAAGCUGGCUGCUCUUGUUCAAGGGAUGGUUAGCAUGUGGGAAUUCAUGUUUAGUCAUCACAAGAACCAGCUGCAGUUGGCUACUGAUCUCAAAGCCAUUGAAAUCUCCGGGUUCCCCUUGGAAACAAGCAAACACCAUCAUGAACGUACGAUCCAGCUUGGUAAUGUUAUCAAGGAAUGGCAUGAUCAUUUUGACAACCUUGUGAAAAAUCAAAAGCUAUACAUCCAAACACUCCACAGCUGGUUGAAGCUAAAUCUCAUACCCAUUGAAAGCAGCCUAAAAGAAAAGAUCUCGUCGCCUCCUCGAGCACAGAGUCCCCCAAUUCAAGCCCUUCUCCACUCCUGGCAGGAACUUCUUGAGAAGCUGCCUGAUGAGCUUGCCAGAAGUGCCAUUGCUUCCUUUGAAGCAGUGAUAAGGACCAUCAUUAUUCAUCAGGAGGAAGAGAUGAAGCUGAAGGAUAAGUGUGAGGAAACUAAGAAAGAGUACAUACGCAAAAGGCAAGCAUUUGAAGAUUGGUACCAAAAGUAUAUGCAACGUAGAACUCCACCCGAUAUGACAGAUACCGAUAGAGCUACAGAGUCCAACCCAAAAGAUCCUGUUGUGGAAAAGCAGUUGCUUGUGGACACACUGAAGAAGAGGUUGGAUGAGGAGACAGAAGCUCACCAGAGGCUAUGUAUUCAAGUUAGGGAGAAGUCAUUAGGGAGUCUCAAGAUCCGGUUGCCUGAACUAUUCCGAGUCAUGUCGGAGUAUUCUUAUGCAUGUCUGGAGGCUUAUGGUCGAUUAAGAUUGAUCGUACAGUCACAGCACUCAAAUGGGAGUUCACAAGGGUCUUAGGCUCUCCUUUCUUUGCCCCUUUUUGAUGUUGUUGUGAUAUUUUGUAGUAACUAGUAAAUGUGAAAUGUAAGUUAUUCCUGGAUAAUGUUUUAAGUAUUGCUGAUGUUUUGCCAUGUAUUGUAUGAAAAGCGGCAUCUUGAUUUGUUUAUCGACCUCAUGAACAGCAGCAAAUAUUUGAUUGU